AUGUCUGGAAGCGGAGAGCACCUGAAGGAUGAGGGCUCCAAAAGCCAGGUCGUCAUUGCUGGAGCUACAGCUGGAUUAAUUGCAAGAUUCGUGAUCGCUCCUCUCGAUGUCGUGAAGAUCCGCCUUCAAUUGCAGACGCACUCCCUGUCCGAUCCUCUUUCCCAUCGGGACCUUCGUGGUUCCCCGAUUUACAAAGGCACACUCCCGACUAUCAAACAUAUCUUGAAAGAGGAAGGAAUUACGGGAUUAUGGAAGGGAAACGUUCCGGCAGAGUUGAUGUACGUUUCGUACAGCGCUAUUCAGUUCACUGCCUAUCGAAGCGUCACCGUGGCUUUACAAUCGGCAUUUGGAGAACGAAAGUUGCCCGCAGCCGCCGAGAGUUUUAUUUCUGGGGCCAGUGCUGGUGCAAUAGCGACAACAGCAACCUAUCCGCUUGAUCUUCUUCGGACUCGAUUUGCUGCACAAGGCACAGAGAAGGUGUACUCUUCGUUAUUGUCCUCGAUCCGCGAUAUCCAUCGCAGUGAAGGCCUUCGAGGCUUCUUCCAAGGUCUGGGUGCAGGAGUUGGACAAAUCAUACCAUAUAUGGGGGCGUUCUUUGCAACCUACGAGACGUUACGGCUUCCUCUGGGUACCUUGCAGAUGCCAUUCGGGUCGGGAGAUGCCACGGCUGGAAUUAUCGCCUCGGUCAUUGCAAAGACCGGUGUUUUUCCACUGGAUCUGAUUAGGAAGCGAUUGCAAGUCCAGGGGCCAACGAGAUCACGAUAUGUGCAUAAGAAUAUUCCAGUUUACAAAGGAGUUGUCAAGACGAUGUUUGAUAUUAGACGGAAAGAGGGCGUUCGCGGCCUCUACAGGGGAUUGACAGUCAGUCUCUUCAAAGCUGCUCCUACCAGUGCUAUCACUAUGUGGACCUAUGAGAGGGUUCUUCGCAUUCUGAUUGACAUGGAGAAGAGUGAGAAGGCUGCAGAGGAUUGA